AUGUGUCCAUACAGCUUCGCCCAACCAAGAAGAAAGGAUUCCCUUAGUGCUUGGCGCUCUAAGGAGAAAAUCAUAGCCGACAACACACCACUGCGUGCAGCUGGUUCAGUACCCGGUACUUUGAUGCAUGAGAUAGCACACUUGGUCACGAAACAUGUUGUCAUCGAUGCGGCACUCGCCAGCGGGGCUACAGCUUAUUACCCUACAAAUGCUGCUAAACUUGCCCUGGAAUCAAAGGCGAAAGCCGUUAAGAAUGCUGAUACCUAUGCAUGGCUUGCCACCUCUAUGUAUCUUGAUCAAUGUGACUGGUCAUGA